CCUGAUCCUUGGCUGAUCAAGGAUUUUUUUUUUAAGGUGACAUUUCAAACCUUCAAUUACAUGGUUGGGUGGAGGAAGGCACAAAACGUACAAUGUAGCAGACCAAGGAUUUCUGUAGAAGUAGUAGUUAGUAGGUAAGCAUGGAAGAGCCACAAGAAGCAACGUUUUACCAGGACGAGGGGAUUUCCUCACACCUGCUACCACAUUAUCUUUACGAUAAAAACGAACUACAGUUAAAUCUCCAUCCCGUAGCUACAGAGCCUAAGUUUAACGAAGGGCUCAGGAAAAAUGCUACUCCGGCCGAGCUACGCUCGCCAGAUUUUGGAAUUCUCAAACUUGGUUCUCCAGAACUUGAGAAAAUGAUUAUGUCUUUGCAAGGUUCGGUGACAACAAGUUCUACGCCAUGUUCGUUUUACAACACUACAUCGAACGCUUCGAUUGGUAAUACAAAUGAAAGUUAUGCACGCGGAUUCACAGAAACGCUUCAAGAUUUACACGAUAAGCAAUCCACUGGAGAAAGUUUGAUUGAUCUUGCUGACAAUGCAGCCGAUAUUAAUGACCCAUUCUUAGGACAACAUACGGUACAUAAYGGAGGCACAAUUCUGAAUACAACGCCAGUUAUUAGAACUACUACGGAACAGCUUGUUUUUGCAAAUAGCAAUGCAACAAGGAAUGAACCAACUGAAUUUUUUCCUUCUACGAGUAAUCUAUACUCAAAUUCAAGAGGAGGGGCCAUGUUUAAUCCGUACACCCAAACAGUAGGCAAUGGGUACCCAGCUAACGUUUUUUCAUACCCUGCGGAUAAUAUCCCUUAUCAAGAUCAAUAUAACCACGAUGGAAAUGCUUUUCGUACUUUUGCGCAGUUCGGUAAUAUGCUUAACCAGCAGCAAAAACAAGACCUUCAGCCUACAUUUAAAAUAGAGCAACCACAGGCUCAGAUAAUGACUGAUCCGGGAGUAYUACAGCCGAUUGAUCUCGAAAUACAGGAGGUUGUUAAACGAGAAAGAAAAAAGCAGAGAAACCGUGUUGCAUCGUCAAAAUGUAGAAAGCGCAAACUCGAGAGAGAAGCGCGCCUAGAAAACCGAGUUAAGGACUUAAAAGAAAGAAAUAUUGAGCUUAAUGCUGUGGCGAAUGCACUGAAGCAACAGGUGUGUGAUUUAAAACAAAGAGUUAUGGACCAUGUUGGCGAAGGUUGCCAGAUUAUGCUUGUUCACCAGUCACAAUUGUCAACAAGUUGAUUGUUUUUACCAUUGACUUCUAUUUCACCUGUUGUUGUUUACAUCGAAACUGAUGGCCGUGUAAUCUACUUAAUGUAUCAUUUCUAUCAAACACAAAUCACGGCAASAGAAAAMYUCCUAUUCUUGAAAUUAUUUCAGUAUAUCUAGCAAAAACUGACCUCUGCCAAUUAUAUUUUAUACUAAAUUUUAUCGGCUGUUGUAAGAGCCGACGUUUUAUGRUGAUCUCAUUGCAGAAAGAUUUYGCUCAGGCUUUUAAGAUCGUAGRUAAAAUUCACCUCGAAUUGACUUUAAAUUAAAGCUUUUUAGGGAUACUAAUAAUAUAUAUUACAAAGUGAUUUUGUGGUAUUUGUACAUCCAGAAUAGUAGUCUAUUAAUUGYAUUAAUCUAUAUUAGAUGUCAUAUUUAGCUGUCAUAGUAAUGUGUCGGUGAAUUGAGAUCACGAUCCCCGAUACUCGAUACUCGAGGGUCAAAUACCGGAGGAUGUAUCAGCGGGCAAUACUAUAGAACCCUGCAUUUGCUCCACGGGAUCUCAUUUCAAUUCACUGAUUUAUUAGCUUCAAGUAGACGAAUGACUGAAACUUUUUGAAUCGUUUUUUUAGAUCUUGAAAUCUUAUUUUUUUGCCUUAAAUACACGUAAACCAUUGRCCAAAACGGAAUGAAUAUAUCUAUCUAACAUUUCUAGAUUUUUUUCCRCAAUGAUCAAUUCAUAUGGAGCUGACGGGCUCUCGGSCUUYUAUGCUUUUAGCGCGAAGGGCUCACUAAAUUUAUUUACGACAGUACAUCGUGAACUGCGGAACGCCUUUUAUGGGCUCUCGAACUCGAACUCGAGGAUUUGAGGCAAAUUCUUAUCGCAACUUUUUAAUGAAAAAAUAAAAAUUUACAAGUGAGUUAUUGGACAGUGCAUCAAUGCAGUGUAUGUCCUUGGAUCGGCACCGCCAUCUUGAAUAGAGAAAUUGCUUUCUCUGAUAUCAUURUUAUUCAUUCUACAACCUCUCCAUCAGCUCCAUAUUUGCCAAUUAGAUAUUGAUUCAAUCAUGUCAAUGAAAACAUGUUUGAUAGUGCAGUGGAACCCCGCCAAUCCGGCCAGGAACGAAAAGUGGCCGUGUAAACGGGGUGGACGUUUUUACUGCGAAAAAAAGCAGGGACAUAAAAAUCUUGCCAUUAUAAGCUCUCAAGGAAUUGAGUCUCGAGAACCCAGGAGCAAUAUGAUACUAUUCAAGAUGGCGGCCUAAUGGUUAAACCCAUUAAAUAGAAUUUCGCGGUACAUGACAUACAAAUACCACAAUACCUCCAAAAAACUUCAAAACUAAAGACACAACUUACACGGGUCGAGUGCCAUUCUCUAGUGCAAUGCAUAGAUAAUAUUWGAGAAUUGUAAUAGUUAUAUUUCUUGGCUUUCACCCACAGAUUGCAUGUUCUAAUAAAAGCUUUUGCGCAGUGACUUUAU